GCAACAGUGGAUAAACAUUUAACGGCGCUGAGUUCCUUGCAGCCAUGGGAAAAGUUUUUCUUGAGCAAGGUUGAAUACAAUCAACACAUUGCGCUUUGUUUUUAUCAUAGAACAUCUACACAAGGCUUCAUUUUUAUUUGAUUGUGUACAUAAUUGGUACAGGCAACCAGCACGCUCUAAUUGCAAGGAUAUUCGUUAACUAACCGAAGAAGAUGGUUGUGAAUACAGUACACUGGUUUAGGAAGGGGUUACGACUCCAUGACAAUCCCUCGCUAAGAGACUCAAUCAGAGGAGCAGACACCUUGCGUUGUGUUUACAUUCUAGACCCCUGGUUCGCGGGGUCUUCCAACGUUGGCAUAAGCAGAUGGAGGUUCCUGCUUCAGUGUCUGGAGGAUCUGGACGCCAGCCUCCGCAAGCUGAACUCGCGGCUAUUUGUCAUCCGAGGGCAGCCCACGGAUGUCUUCCCCAGGCUAUUCAAGGAAUGGAAUAUCAACCGUCUCUCGUACGAGUACGACUCGGAGCCCUUCGGGAAGGAGCGUGACGCGGCCAUUCAGAAGCUGGCCAGCGAGGCCGGGGUGGAGGUGACGGUGCGGAUCUCCCACACGCUCUACGAUCUGGACAAGAUCAUUGAACUGAAUGGAGGCCAGUCUCCUCUCACCUACAAGCGUUUCCAGACGCUGAUCAGCCGCAUGGAUGUGGUGGAGACGCCAGUGGACGCCAUCACUCCUGAGCUCAUGGAACGCUGUCUCACGCCCCUCAGCGACGAUCAUGACGACAAGUUCGGUGUGCCUUCCCUGGAGGAGCUGGGUUUUGAGACAGAUGGUCUGAGCACUGCGGUGUGGCCGGGGGGAGAGACUGAAGCACUCACCCGUCUGGAGAGACACCUGGAGCGGAAGGCAUGGGUGGCCAACUUCGAGCGGCCCAGGAUGAACGCCAACUCCCUGCUGGCCAGUCCCACAGGCCUGAGUCCAUACCUGCGCUUCGGCUGCCUCUCCUGUCGCCUCUUCUACUCCAAACUCACAGACCUCUACAGAAAGGUGAAGAAGAACAGCGUUCCUCCACUUUCUCUCUACGGACAGCUGCUGUGGCGGGAGUUCUUCUACACGACAGCCACCAACAAUCCACGCUUCGACAAGAUGGACGGCAACCCCAUCUGCGUGCAGAUCCCCUGGGACAGAAACCCUGAGGCGCUGGCCAAGUGGGCCGAGGGCCGGACGGGCUUCCCCUGGAUCGACGCCAUCAUGACCCAGCUGCGGCAGGAGGGCUGGAUCCACCACCUGGCCCGGCACGCCGUGGCCUGCUUCCUCACCAGAGGAGACCUGUGGAUCAGCUGGGAAGAAGGCAUGAAGGUGUUUGAGGAGCUGCUGCUGGACGCUGACUGGAGUGUGAACGCCGGCAGCUGGAUGUGGCUCUCCUGCAGCUCCUUCUUCCAGCAGUUCUUCCAUUGCUACUGCCCCGUGGGCUUCGGCCGCCGCACCGACCCCAACGGAGACUUCAUCAGGCGCUACUUGCCCAUACUCAGGGGCUUUCCCGCCAAAUACAUCUACGAGCCCUGGAAUGCUCCAGAAGCCGUGCAGAAGGCAGCUAAGUGCAUCAUCGGAGUGCACUACCCCAAGCCCAUGGUCAACCACGCUGAGGCCAGCAGGGUCAACAUUGAGCGCAUGAAGCAGAUCUAUCAGCAGCUAUCCUGCUACAGGGGAUUAGAACUGCUUGCCACGGUGCCGUCGAACUCCAGCGGUGCUGCGGACGGGACGGCAGCAGGGGAUGGCAAUCAGGAGGGCACAACGACAUCAGGUAGAUCUCUGAUGGUGCACCAGGUCCCAGCACUCACUCAGGGGGAGGGGCAGGUGGGCACGCCAGCAGGUACCCGUGGUGAACCGUACCAUACUGACACAAGCCACCACCAGCAGCAGCAGCAGCAGCAGCAGCAGCAGCAGCAGCAACAGCAGCAGCAGCAGCAGCAGCAGCAGCAGCAGCAGCAGGUGUUUUUAAUGGGAGAAACGGCAGCAUCUCACAGACAGCAGGCCCAAACCACGACAUCACAACGAGUGCGGGGCCCAAUGAAGAGACCUACUGAGGACUAUAUAGCCAGCAGGUCCAAGAUCCAGAGGCAGAGCAUCCACUAACCACACCACCACACUCACAUAGGGCAGCACAGUGGACACUGGAGGAUGGGAAAGACUGAAUAUGAGAAUAUGAGAAAAUACUGUACUUAUGUCCAUGUAUUUAUUGUAACAUCAUCCACCAUCCAUUAUGGUGUUAAACCCUAGUUCAGGCCUUUAAUGUAGUUAUCAGUCGAGAGUCUCCAUUGGGAAGUACUGUCGCCCAGUACUAGCCAGAUUCUCUGUCUCGGACCCGUCCUGUAUGUAAUGUGCAGCUCAUUCGGUACAUUUUACUUUCUUUCUCCUCUAAUUGAAGGUGCAAAGUAGUUUUUCUUAUCAGAAGUAAAAAUGCAUCUAGACUUACACUUUAAGAAGUAUAUAUUUUUGUAUCUUGUCCUCAGGUCUGACCCUAACUCCACCUACUACAUAAUUUAAAAAAAUGCUAAAAAGUGGGCAGGGGAGGGUCGUGAACUCUUUUGAAUAAUAUAUCUCAAUCAGCAAAUCAAAAUUAUUUUAGGACGUAGAUAUGUACCAACCAGUCCUAGUCAGCAUUGGCCUGGCGUUUUGCGCCAUUUUCAACACAUAAAAUGCCGGGUAUUAUAAGUUUGGUAAUUAUGCCAAUAUUAACACCAGCAUUUUUGUGUUUCAUCACAGUACAGUUAUAUAUUUUAGUUUACAGCUCAAAAAGAAAGUGUACCCCAACUUUCCUGUGCAUUUUUAUGUCCAAUCUUUAGCUGUUUUUGGCCUUUUGUAUUUGUUUAUAUUGUUGUGGCUCUGGAAAAUGUAACCUGAGCGAAUGCACACCAACUCAGGAUGCAUUUAAUGGACAGAAGAAUUUGAACAGCUCUGUUCCAUGACAUUGCUUCUUUGUUGUAGGUCUAGAAACUAUUUUGUUUUUGAUAACAAAAAUGUGCCUACUCUUAGUGUUUUUAAUAAGACUGAGGAAAGGGAUUAAUGUGGUUAUAAUUAAAAUAUACAGUAAAACAAUGACAAUGGUUGAAGAAAGUAGGAUUAGCUAGAGGAUAAUAACAAUUGCAGACAACCAGCAGUUUUUCUAUGAAAAAUUUGAAUUUUUUUCCUGAUUGGUUUAAUGUGUAAAUUUUUUUACAGCUUUGUAUAUAACUGAAAACAAAAGAUUUGUGAUGUUGUCGUUAUUUUUUUUAAGCUGUAACAGGAAACCUGAUGUGUAUAUAAGUAUGUAAAUAAGUAUGUAAAUAAUUUCAUCAGUAUAUCUGUAUAUAAACUACAUCUAUACAACUUCA